AUAUACAAACUAAUUAGAAAAUAAUGGAAGACAAUUGGGAAAGAUUAGAUGAGAAUGAAAUGGACUCUCUUAAAAGCUCUGUCAAUUCCAUCAUAAAGAGGACGUUCAAAAGUAGGAUUAUUAGCAGGGAUGAAAGCUAUAGCAGAAAUAACUCUAUUAUCCAUGAUGACCAUCGCCCUCUGCUUGAGCCUCAAGACGAUGAGGUCUUCUCGACUUUUGAUAUCUAUUAUAAUCUAAAAUACCCUUCUACUCAUAAAUCCUUACUCAUGAUCUGCUGCGAACUGGAAAAUCUUGAGUUAGCUAAAACUAUUAUUGAUAGAGUUUUGAAGGGAAAUGAUUCUGAACAUGAUUUAAUUAAUGAAUAUCUCAGAAAAGAUGGUAUAGACAAUGGAAAUUUUGGAAGUGACAUUGCAAACGAGUAUAUUAACAGAAAAGAUGAUUUCGGAUGUGCCUCUUUACAUCUUGCCUGAUUCAAAGGAAAUCUUAAAUUAAUUAAAUUACUCUGAGCUAAUGGAGCCGAUCCAUUUCUUACAACAGACGAGGGACUUACAGUAUUACAUUCUGCAGCAGAAGGGGAUGCAGUUAAUGUAAUAUAUUACUUUUUGGAGAAUUAUUCAAUGGCAAUUGAUCAGCCUGACACUAAAGGCCUAACUCCUCUCCAUUGGUCAGUUGUUGAUGGGAAUGAAAUCUCUGCUACUUAUCUCAUAUCUUGGGGAUCAGAUAUCAAUCUCCCAGAUGAUUUAGGCAAUACUCCCUUACACUUGAGCAUCCAUUUUGCAGAAAAGGAGAAUAAUACCCGAUUGACUAGAAUUUUAUUGUUAAGAGGAGCUUCAAGAGACAAUGUAAAUAAUGAUGGUAAGAAACCUAUUGAUGUAGUCACUGAAACACCGAUGCUAUCCGAACUCUUAAAGAUCUUAAAAUAAACCAAGAUUCUGCACUUGAAUGUUAAUAAAAAUGCCAAUGCAAAAAUUAACCAAAAAUUACAAGACUCUUAUAAGUUUCUUGUUUCUAAUCCUGGCUGAAGUGAUUAUAGCUGGAGUAUUCGCUUUGCCAUUCAGAGGCUUUGACUUUCACACAAUUUUCUUCAUCAUACUCCACUGAAUAAUGAUGAUAUUCUUUGUUAUCUCCUCUGCAGUUGAUCCAGGAUUUUUAAAAUCAAAAUAUGAUUUUCAGAAUUUGUUAAAUAAGCUUGAUCCAGUAUAUUUAUGUCCAGAUUGAAAUGUCAUCAGGACACCAAACUCACGACACUGUAACUUAUGAAACCAUUGAGUUGAGAAGUUCGAUCAUCAUUGUCCCUACCUAAAUAAUUGAGUAGGUUCCAGGAACCAUUUGCCUUUUGUAUGUUUUCUGUUGUUCCUAAUAAUCCUGCUAAUAGAGUUGUUCAUUAUCUUAUCUUUAAACUUCCACAAAGAUUUCAUGAACCAUCCGUGGGCAGAUCUCCGUACAAAUUCCCUAAAGCCUGUGCACAUAGUACUAGUAAUUUUGGUAUUUUUAUUCGGUGGCUUCUUCUUUAUCUUCGUAUUCCUCCUGUUUAUUACACAUGCUAUCAAACUUCUAUGAGGAGUCGCAGGAAGGCAGACUAGAUUUACAAAUGAAGGGGAAAGAAGCAAUAAAGAAAACACUCUUAAUAAUACCCUUGGCUCCUUUUUAGAUUCAGAAAUUCUAGUAGCCACUGGAGGAGCUACUGGAGAUGAAAUACCUAAAAUGAGAAAAUACAGAACUACCAAUGACUCUAUAGUUGACGAAACUGAGAAAGCAGAACUUUUAGAGGGGAAUUAUGUAGCUGAAAUGAAUUACUCUUCUAAUAAACUUCCACAAGCCAAGAGAAAUUCUUGUAAAGCUCUUGUCUCAAGAUUCUGAUAUAAAGCUCCAAGUCAGUCUCAAGCAUAUGCAUUAGUGAUGAAGCAGAUGGCAAGGGACAAAACAGAAUAG